AUGCCGUUUCUCGUCAUUAUUUCCAUAUGGUUACAUACAAUAAUAGUAAUAUAUAAAUGUGUACAUAUUUUAAAAUCUUCAUAUAUUCCCAAUGCUGAAAAAUUGUUGAUGUUUGAAAGGAAAAAUAAAAGAGGAAAGAUAAAAUUGAUUUUAAAUAAAAAUAAAGAAGAAAAAAGUAUAAGAAGAAAAUCAUUAAAGAAAUAUAUUGUUUAUUCUAUUAACAAUGAUAAAGAGUUUAUACCGAUAAAUGAUAAUUAUAAAAUAUUUCAAAAAAGAAAUUUUAUUAAAAAAUAUCAUGUGAAGGAUGAAGAAAUAAAAGAAUACAUUGAAGAAAUAAAGAAAAAUAGAGCUAGUGGUUAUGAACCUAAAUUUCCUGAGGAGACCUUUCGAACGCCUGAUGGAUUAACAAAUAUAAUAUUAGAUUAUAAAUAUAAAAAUGAUAAUUUAAGAAUUCAUAAUUAUUAUUUUUUUUUCCUUUAUUUUUUGAAGAAAUUAGGUGAUGAGGAGCAAAGGAAAAUUAAAUUAAGGAAAAGAAUGGAAGGGAAGAACGAUGAGUAUGGUGAUAGUAUUAAUGAUGAUGUUGACAAUCGUAUGAUAAAUGUUCAGGAGUUUUUAUUUUUGAAGAAGAAAGGUUUUUUCGAGGGUGAGUUGUAUACAUGGAAAAAUUGGGUUUUGUUGAACAGGGGUGAAUGGAGAGAUACAAUAGUUUAUGGUGACGAGGUUGAUAAUAAUAAUAAUAAUAAUAAUAGUAAUAGUAGUAGUAGUAGUAGUAGUAGUAGUAGUAGUAGUAGUAGUAGUAGUAGUAGUAGUAGUAGUAGUAGUAGUAGUAGUAGUAGUAGUAGUAGUAGUAAUAGGAGUAGUAAUUUUUGUGGUGAUGAUAAUAUAUAUAAUGUAUAUAAUAAUUAUGAUGACGAAUCAUAUGAUAUAAAAACUUUGAGACCUCUGGUAGAACCCAAAAUGAAGAGAAUGCCCAUUGAAUACUGGGGAAGUUUCCGAGCUAUCGAUUUUAAUGUGAAUCAUUAUCCAAUAUAUAAAAAAUUAUUUGAUUAUUUUAAUAAAGUGAAUGUCAACGAAAAUGACGAGAGGGGAAAAUUUUAUCCUUUUCUUUUUUUUCCUCGUUUUGGUGUUGGUAGGGAUAGGUCAGGUUUAGGUUAUGGUGAUGCUCAAUAUUUUGGUAAUUAUGGAGAUUUUUAUGAAAAAAGGAAAGAAAGAGAAGAAAGAAUAAGAAAAAGAAAUAUAGAGAUGCAAUUAAAAGAGAAUGAUAAGGAUAAAGAUAUAUAUGAUAUGAAUAUAAUAGACAAUAAAAGUUCUGAGAGAAUAUUAAAUACAAAUAUACAUAAAGAAAUUUUUAUAGAUAAGGAUGAUUUUGGACCAAAUUUUAUAAAGAUUGAAGAGGCUACUGAUAUAAUAAAAUAUCCACAGAAUGGAAAAUUAUAUCAGAAAUUUUAUAUAGGACCUUUAAAUAUAACAGAUGGACAUACAUUUGGUUCUUUAAUAAAAUAUGUAUGUCAAACUCAGAUUUAUGGAUAUGCAAUUGUUGGGAUAAAAGUUCAUAAUAUGAAUGAAGAUACUAAAAUUAAUAAUGUACAAGAAGAUUUAUUAGAAAUAGCAUUAAAUAUAUCUGAUGUAUGUAUAUAUAGUAAAGAAAUAAAUUUAGAGUCUAAUAUUAGAUUAAUUUUUAAAGGACCUUUAAUGUUAGUUGCUGGUAUGAUACCAUUACCUUCACAUUUAAAAAUAAUAAACAAAGAACAUUAUAUAUGUACGAUAAAAGAAGAUGGAUUUAUAGAUAUAUCCAUAAAGAUAGAAUAUGGAAAAGGGCAUUGGUUAACAUAUGAUAAAGGAUUAUAUAAAAGAGAACGAGGAUCAGAUAAUGAUUGUAUGAAAAAAAGAGAAAUUAAGGAAGUAGUACAUAAAAAUUAUAUGCCUAUUAGUUCUAGUUUUGGGGCAUGUAGAAUGAUAAGAUUAACUGUUCAUAAAAUUGCUACAAAAUUUUGGUGUGAAGACAGAUGUGAAUUUACAGAUCCAAAACAAAUGUUAGUUGUCGAAAUAUGGACAGAUUGUAGAAUGCUACCAAAAAAUGUUCUUUUAUAUGGUAUUAAAAAUAUUAAAAAAAUAUUAAGAAAAUUUAGAGAAAUGAUUGUGAAAGAUACCGAUUUUACAUUUCAGGAAGAAGAACAAGAAAUUAAAAAUUUAUGGCCAGCUAUUGAUAAAUAUAAAUUUUUACAAACUAGACAAAAAAUGGAAGGAGGACCACCUAUACAUAAUAUUGAUGAAGAUGUUCUUAGUGAACAAAUACAAAAAAAUAAAUCACUUGAUCCAUUUUCUCAAGAACUUAUGAAUCCAGAUAAUUUUCCAAAACAUUCAAAUAUACAAUUACCUAUACAAGACACACCACCACCUUUUCUAGAUACAUUGGAAUGGUUAAAAAUGGAAGUCAAGAAGGAAAAUAACAAGAAAAAUAUAACACAAUUCAAAAAUACAAAAGGGAAAGGAACAAAAUAUAAAGAUAAAUUUAAUAAAAACAAAACAUAUGAUUAUGAUGAGUAUUUAAAUGAACGUUUAUCAGAUAUAUUAGACGAAAAAUAA